UUGUCUAGUCUCCCUGUGCGGUGUGUUCAUUCUUCACUAGGAUGGAGGAAGAAUCUUUUCAGCUAUUGAGUUCCAUGUCUCCAAACGUAAAGCACUGCCAGAAACAUUUUAGAAAAGGCACAACGGUGUUAGCAUUAAGAAAAUCUCUACAAAAAUCAUCCAUUUAUGACAAGUCCAUACAUACAGGAAAGAAUGACAAAUUAGUUCUAACUGAAACCGGUAGCACUUGUACUUCGAAGUCAACCGAAUCAUGUGAAAAGUUGUUAAAUACAACUCCUAUUAGUAUACAUGACAGUGAUAGCGAAAACGAGUUCAAAUUUAAUUCAAACAAAAGUAAACCACCAGAAUUAGUGACACGAAAAAAAAAAUCUUCCACAGUUAAAAAAAAUUUGUUACUUUCACAAGAUAAAUUUCAAAAAAUUAAACACUGGGUUGACAAUGUAAAUAUUCAAUGUGAACUGAAGGAUACUAGUAUUAUCAGUGCUUAUAGUGAAUUAUCAACAAUUUAUGGCGAAGAUAAUGGUGGAAAUUUUAUUACGGAAAGAACUGGCCGUGCAGUUAACUCCACUAGUAUUGAUUCCACAUCUGUGCAUUUUGAUGAAUUAUUUAAGCAGAAGAUUGAUUACAUAGCUUUGUCACCAAAAGAUUUCAUAAAUAUUGAUAAACCACCUGCUGUAAAUGAAUCAUUUAUCAAACAACAUACAAGCUUAACGAAAAACAUCCAGAGAAAUGAAAUGAGUGCUGUAAGAAAUGAUUUUAUUUCAAAUUUUGAUAAAUCUGUUACUUCUUCGUAUAGUAAAGGAACGAAUCAUAAAAAAAGUUUGAUGACCAAUGUAUGUAAUAUAAAUAAUACAAACAAUAACCAUAUUCAAACAGAAAUUAGUGAAUGUGACGAAGAUAUAAAUGAUUCUGAUAAUUCUUUUUCUUUAAUUGAAAGUUUGAAUACAAGGCUGCUUAAAGGCAAAAAUCAAAAUAUCAGCGCAGGCAAAAGCCAGGUUCCAUAUAAUUCAAGUGGAGGCAAAUGUUCAAACAAUAAGUUAGACUGCAGCACUGAGAGUAAUGAUGCAAACCAGGAAGAAAUAGUAUCAAUGUUAGAUGAUCUUUAUGGUAAUAAGUGGAGAGAAAAGGAAGAAUAUGUAUUACUUAAAACUCCUAAAACGGAACCUAAAAAGCGAGUGCUCAAGCCGAAUAAUCUUUGCAUUACAAAUUCUGAACGGAAACCGAAACUGUCUGUUUUAUAUAAAAAUCCAUAUCUAGAGACUGAAAAAUCGAAAUCCAAUAAUUUAUUAAGAACUCUUCAAAAGUCCAGAUUAAAAUUUACGGAAUCUCCAGCAAUAAAGCGAUUAAAAGAUUUAUGUGAUUCAGAUACAGAUUCCAAUUCUGAUGUUCGCAUUAAAUUAAGAGCUAAACUAAAUUUCGAUGAUUCUGAUGGCGAGGAAGACACCACAUCAAAAUACUUUAGAAAUACUGUGGAAUUAAAUAAGAAAACUGUGUCUGAAACUGAAUGUGAAUCUGACAAAGAAAAUUUGGAUAACUUCUCAUUUAUUGGACAAUCCCUAGAAGAGAGGUUGCAAAGUAAAAUUAAUCGAAUAAAAGAUAUAUCUGGAGGAAAGAGGAAAGAAAAAAACGAAAAUUCAAAUGACAAAAUACCUUUAUUGAAAAGGUGUGAUACUAAUUCUAAAAAAACAGAUAGAAAAAUAGAUAACUCUAGCAAAAAAGAAGAAAAAAAGACUGAUAACAGAAAAUUGUCUAGUGAUAGUAGUUCUAGCGAUGAUACCUGGGAAGAAGAAGUUAGUAAAAUUGUCCGUAAGAGUGAACCUGUCAAUGGAAAAUACAGUUUUCUAGCUUCUCUAUCAGCAAAUAUACCAAUCCUUCAGUGUGACAUGUCAGCACGAAUCUACAGAAAUAAUUUUAAAUUGUACAAGGAGCAGUUGCUUACAAAAUUAUUUACGCUGUACAAUGAAAAGAUUUUUGAAAAUGCUAUUCCCCAGGAUACAGUUCUAGAGUGGAACGAUCGAAUGAGGGGUACUGCUGGAUUUUGCUAUUGUAAGAAAAUAACUAGGAGGACGGGGACUGUUGAGAGAGCAGUCAGAAUUGUGUUGUCCACCAAAGUUAUAGACGCAGCUUAUAGGCUGAGAGAUACUUUGAUUCAUGAAAUGUGCCAUGCUGCUACUUGGCUAGUUAAUUGUGUUUCAGAUGGACAUGGUCGUUACUGGAAAUCAUGGGCAUGCAAGGCUAUGAAAACAUUUCCUGAAUUACCUCCAAUAAAGACAUGUCAUGAUUAUGUAAUAAAUACCAAAUAUACAUAUAAGUGUACAGGUUGCGGAUACAGUAUUGGUCGGCACUCGAAAUCUUUGGACAUAGAAAGAAAAAGGUGCGGGUAUUGCUUGGGAAAAUUUGAAAUUUUACUAAACAAAGUUAGUAAGAAAGGUGAAACCAAGUCAGUACCUGCCACACCAAAAAAGGAAGCAACAGGUUUUGCUUUAUUUGUAAAAGAAAAUUAUGGUGUUUACAAGCAAACAAAUCUUAAACAUGGAGAGGUUAUGAAAUUACUGGGACAGAAAUUUCAGGAGAUGAAAUUGAAAACAAAUUAAAACUUUCUACUUUACUGUAGAAUUGUAAU